AUGUACAUGGCGGACGAGGUACUCGGGUACAAGAUGGCGGAUGGCAUGUCCGCCGCGAUCAAGUCUUUCCAGCUUCGAGGCUCGUCGGGCGACGCGAUGGUCAUCCGCAUCGUCCACUCUUCGGACGAGCUCCAGAUCGAAGAGAGCUGCAAGGGCCUCUCCUCGAUCGAGGAUCUCGCAGAGAAGAUCGAGGAUGCGAUCGAGCCGCGCUACCUGCUAUUCAUUCACAAGCAGAGCCACACGGAUGGGCGGGUCUCGUACCCGAUCGCUUUCGUUGUCUUUAUGCCGCCGAACGUGCCAGCGUCGCUCAAGAUGAUGUACACGCGACUGGUCCCUGCCCUCGUCGAGAAGUUUCGCGUGGCGAAGCAGUUCUCACUCUCGGACCCCGAGGACCUCACGACCGAGUGGCUGGAGGAGAAGCUCGCCGGCAGGUGA